AUGAAUACUUUCAUUAACAAUAACAAGUUCAACAAAAAGAAAGUGGUGUUCAUAAUGGGAGCAACAGGAAUGGGAAAAUCUCGUCUUUCUGUUGACCUUGCCACCCAUUUUCGAGCAGAAAUAAUCAACUCGGACAAAAUGCAAGUAUAUAAGGGACUUGAAAUGGCUAAAAAAAGAUCACACACACUGAGAAACAAGUUGUACGGGACUAUUUCUAUUGCCUACAUAGAAAAUAUUUUGAAGACUCAAUGUGUUCCAAUUAUGGUUGGAGGGCCAAAUUCGCAUAUUGAAAAACUUGUGGAAGACCCUGUUUUCAUGUUCAAAUAUAAGUAUGAUACUUGCGUUAUUUGGAUUGAUGUAGAGCAAUCAGUCUUGAACCGUAGAGUUGAUAUGAGGGUUGAUGACCUAUUAAUUACACCAAAGGAAUCUGAUGGUCCAUUGGUGUUCCCGAAAUGGACAGAUAUUUAA